UUUUUUUUUUUUGCUUUUUAGGGCCCCACUAAGGGUGGGAGUUGAAGCUGCCAGCCUACACCAUAGCAACACCAAAUCUGAGCCUCAUUUCCAACCUAUACCACAGUUCAGGGCAACAGCAGAUCCUUUACCCACUGAGGGAGGCCAAGGAGCGAAUCCACAUCCUCAUGGGUACUGGUCAGGUUCAUUACUGCUGAGCCACAAUAGGAACUUAACGAAGGCUGUAUUUUUAACCACUGUAAUAUCCUAGGCUCUUUCCCGUCUAUUCAUACAUGCCAACCAAUGUCUUUCCCAGUGUCAGAAAGCUAUUAAGUUUACUCACUCUAUUCCUAAUGUAACACUGCAGAUAACAUGAAAAUGUGCAGAUGAACAAAAUAUGACUCUGGAGCAGCACUGUGAACAGAACCUUCUGUGACGACAGAAAUGUUCAGUAAUAUCUGUGCUGUCCAGUACGGUGGCCUCUGACCCCACGAGGCUACUGAAGCACAAUGUGGUCAGUGUGACGUGAACUUAGGCACAUGUGGCUAGACACCAUCGAACAGGACAGCACAGCUCUAGAGAAAUAACAAGAAAGUGCAUGCCACAGAAAGAAGCAACUUAGCAACCAUGAUGGCAACUUGCCAACAGUAAAACAACUCAAGGUAGACAUAUAUAGUCAAGGAGUAAAACUGAAAAAGGCUCCAUCUCAAACAUGUCCUAAGACCAUGUCUUAUCUUUCAAACAUCCACAACAGCCUUCAAAAUUCAGAUUCACCACCAGCUGCAUUAUACCACCACCGCCCUGCACGUGUGUACUGCAGACCAAAUUGGGUAUUAAGUGUAUAUUGUGUUCCCCACUGGACUGUGAGCAUCUGAAGAACAGAUAGGUAUUAACAUCUCCACCACCUGCAACUAUAUCCCAAGGUUUUCUACACUAUUUCGUCAUUCAGUUUUAAUGGGAGAUAGUAUUCAAUUCUGUAAGCGUCUGAGUACCAGCAGUAUGUAUGAAAGGAAGUCCUUGUAAGGAUCUUAGAGUGGGAUGGGGGAUACAUUAUACAGGUAGACAAAUAAAUAGCAAAGGAAGGAGGGUAACUACCUAAGUACGUAAACCUAGUGCUUCAGGGCAGAAUGGAACUGUCAGGUGUCCUAGUGGUAAGAGAAACUGGAACGCAGUCUAAGAAAUAAGCAGCCAUUAUUCAAUUUUGUAAAACAUGUAAGAUGGUAAAGUGUGCCCCCACCUACUACUCCGCAAAGCCUAAUGGAUUUAAAAGGAAGGAAGGAAGAGAAACAUCACAGCAGGGCACAGAAAUUUAUCCUGACUUCACUCACAUCACCAGCGUCAGACUCACCCUGCUCCCUGUACCAGUAGGCCAAAGCUAGUCUUAGAACAAAGGCUUCUAGAUCCAAAGUUUCCACGAAAAUCUCACAGCAAAAAACAUGGUAGUUUUCCGUACACUCAAACCCUGAUUAUCUUUUAGUUAUCUACUUUUAGGUCUUGGAAACGUUAACACAGUCCAAUCUUACAGUCAGUGUAAGAGGCAGCACAUGGAGCUAAGAGUAGUUUAAAUUCAUUUAAAAGAAGUUCCCAGAGUUCCCGUCGUGGUGCAGUGGUUAACGAAUCCAACUAGGAACCAUGAGGUUGCAGGUUCAAUCCCUGGCCUUGCUCAGUGGGUUACAGAUCCGGCAUUGCCGUGAGCUGUGUUGUAGGUUGCAGACACAUCUCGGAUCCCGAGUUGCUGUGGCUCUGGAGUAGGCCAGCAGCUACAGCUCCAAUUAGACCCCUAGCCUGGGAACCUCCAUAUGCCGCGAGAGCGGCCCUAGAAAUGGCAAAAAGACAAAAAAUAAUAAUAAUUUUAAAAACAUUCAUUUCAUAAGCACAUUUUCUGUUUCCUUUAAAAAUCAUUUGGGGGCAGGGGUACUGUAUGAGGAGGCUGCAAAUUCAUAAGACAUCAAGCAUCAUCCAGAGGCCAAAAAAUAGAAAGUAUAACUACUAUCAUGUAGCAGGUUGCACACUGGAAGACUAACAAAAGUCCAACACUCUAACUUUAGAAAAGAUUGGGGUAAAAAAUCACCAGCCAAUUUUCUCAUCUCUAUCAGCACACAGAUUAUUCAUGACAAAAACAAGAGAAAAUCUGCUUAGUUUUCCUAAACUGAAUGGGCUUGUGUAGUUUAACUUUUUUAUAUGCCUGUUUUCUCAUUUUAGAUUGAGGAAGGAGACUAGAUGCCCUCAGAGGAAAAAUGUCAUUAGCUGAUAUAAUUACUUACAGAUUGAUUCAGCAUGAAUUCUGGUUCAAUCCUAAUUCAUCCAUGAACAGGAAAUAUAGGGCCAUGGAAGUUAUUAAAAUGUCAUAAAUUCUUUGAUUCUCCUCAAAACAUGGAGCUUGAUGCCUCUCCCCUUGGCUGUAGGUUCUGUGAACCCACAGCAUGUGGCAGCAGCAGUGGGGUUUCCUCCUUGCUCCUGCUUGGGUCACUCACUCUAGGGGAAGCCAGCCACCAGGUGGUGAGGACACUCACGCAAGCCCAGUGGAGAACUGAGAACUGCUGAACGCUAACCUGCUGGAGUGUGGGCCCCAGAGAGCCUCCAACUCAGUAAACAUCUUGACAUAAAAAACACCUCAUGACUGACCCAAAACGACCUAAGCUACUGCCAGGUUCCCUGACCCACAGCAAUUCUGAGAUAUACUGAAUGGUCACUGUUUUAAUCCACUAAGUUUUGGGGUAAUUUGUAACAGCAACUAAUACUAAAAAUGAAUAUACCAGUGUUUUUUAAUCUGUGGACCCUAACCCAUCUGUGAUUUAUAAAAUCAAUUUAAAGCUAUUUUUUAAAAAAUGAAGAAAAAAAAAAAAAAGAAAACCUAGUAAAUCUUUGGAGUUCUCGCUGUGGCAGAAUGGGUUAAGAAUCUGAUCAUGGUGGCUCAGGUCACUGCGGAGGCUUGGGUUUGAUUCCUGGCCCGGGUACAGUGGGUUAAAGGAUCCAGCAUUGCAGCAGCUGUGGCGAAGGCAUCUUUGGCUCGGAUUCAGUCCCUGGCCAGAAACUUCCAUAUGCCAUGGGUGCAGCCAUAAAAUUUUUUUAAAAACCUAGCAAAUAAUAAAAAGUUACAAAAGAUAGAGUAUACAAUUCAAAAUAACAUUACUACCUCAAAGUUUUUUCAACCUUACAAAUAUGUGUAUACCAAGUAGCAUUUAAUAACACUUUUUUUUUUUUUUUUUUUUUUUUGUCUUUUUGCCUUUUCUAGGGCUGCUCCCUCGGCAUAUGGAGGUUCCCAGGCUAGGGGCCUAAUUGGAGCUGUAGCCGACGGCCUACACCACAGCCACAGCAACGCGGGAUCCGAGCCACGUCUGCGACCUAUACCACAGUUCACGGCAACGCCGGAUCCUUUAACCCACUGAACAAGGCCAGGGACCAAACCUGCAACCUCAUGGUUCCUAGUCGGAUUCGUUAACCACUGAGCCACAACAGGAACUCCUAAUAACAUAUAUUUCUUAGAAUCACAACCUAAAAGGUUUGAAACCUACCAGCCUACACUAAUAGAUUUAAAACAAAAAACUCCCGGAGUCCCCAUUGUGGCUCAGCGGUCAAUGAACCCAACUAGUACCCAUAAGGAAACAGGUUCGAUCCCUGGCCUCACUCAGAGGGUUAAGGAUCCAGCAUUGCAGUGAGCUGUGGCGUAGGUUGCAGACGCGGCUGGAAUCCCAUGUUGGUGUGGCUGUGGUGUAGGCCGGCAGCUGUAGCUGCAAUUCAAACCCUAGCCUGGGAAUCUCCAUAUGCUGCAGGUGCAACCCUGAAAAAAAAGUUCUCCUGUGGCACAGCAGGUUAAGGAUCCUGCCUUGUCAAUACAGAGGUGUGGUUCGCUCCCUGGCCCAGAAAAUUCCAAAGGCCACAAGACAGGCUGAAGGGGGGAAAAAAAAAUCCCUAAAAGGAAUCCUUGAAGGAAUAUAAUCUCAAUAACAACCAACUAUGCAAUAAACAUUUUCAAUAAACUUUUAAGGAAAACAACAAAAGAGAAACACUCAAAAAUACAUUUUUCCUCUAUGUUAAAUAUGGUUUUAUGAAACACAGAAGGCAUGGUAUCUACCCUAGACUUAAAAACCUAGCAUGAUCUAGCAUGUAAAAAAGCACAUUCUGGGAGUUCCCGUUGUGGCGCAGUGGUUAACGAAUCCGACUAGGAACCAUGAGGUUGCGGGUUCGGUCCCUGCCCUUGCUCAGUGGGUUAACGAUCCGGCGUUGCUGUGAGCUGUGGUGUAGGUUGCAGACGUGGCUCGGAUCCUGCGUUGCUGUGGCUCUGGCGUAGGCUAGUGGCUACAGCUCCGAUUAGACCCCUAGCCUGGGAACCUCCAUAUGCCUCAGGAGCGACCCAAAGAAAUGUCAAAAAGACAAAAAAAAAAAAAAAAAAAAAAGCACAUCCUUUUCCCAAUCCAAGAGUUACAGGACAUGUCAUAGGACAUCCUUCCAAAAGUUAUGUAGUGAGUUCGAUCCUUGGCUUCACUCAAUGGGUUAAGGAUCCGGCGGUGCCAUGAGCUGCAGCGUAGAUCACAGUUGUAGCUCGGAUCCUGUGUUGCUGUUGCUGUGGCGUAGGCUCCGAUUUGCCCCUAGUCUAGGAUCCUCCACAUGCCGUGGGUAAGGCCCUAAAAAGACAAAAAAAAAAAAAGUUAUGUAGUGAAAAAGCUACUUUGGGAUCUACCCAUAUGUAUUACUUCCUCUUACUGUUACUUUCAUCAACAAUGUUAAAGGAAACUCCAUCUUCAACCUGAGCACACACAAAUUUUUGUCAGAAUAAAAAAGUUACAUACAAUACUCUUAAAUUGUUUUCUACCCACUGUCCAAGCCUCACUGAACUGUGCUCUUCAGAACAUAAGCAAGUGCCUAUUUUUCUGGUUGCACAAAACUUUCGGCAACACAAGACUCUAUAGAAUACUUAUGUAUAACGUGAUGAAUCUACUCAGAUCAUUCGCUCACACUGUGAUUUUCUUUGAGGUAAAAUGUGUGAAACUAUUUUUGGAACCCUAAUUUGCCAAAUUUAUUUUCAAACUGCAAACUGCAAAUAAAUCAGUAUGGAAACACUAAACAGAUGACUUUUUUUUUUAUUACUUACCUCAUAGGCUACUAUCCCUCAGCAAGAACUGAGUUUUCUCCCCAACCUUUACAUAUUUGUCAGUUUCUACUUCAAUCAGUUGUAGAAAGCAGAUAAAAUUUGUAUAGCAUUACUUAUAAUGCUAGUACUUGAUAAGGGUGACUAAAAAUCAAAAUAAUUGGCAUACUUAGCAAAAACCAAGUACACACAAUUAGGCCUUGAAAGAACUAGAAGCAAAGCAGUCCAGUUCUAAAUUCAAGAGCAAGAGCUCUAGAAGACCUAGAUGCUCCUGACAGCUUUCUUCUCUAAUAAAGGUUCAGUUUCAAGAAUAAUCCUGGCUUUAUUUCUACACAACUAUAUAUAGAGUAUGGUACUGGGAAACUUAUUCAUAAGAAUAAGCAUAAUUACUUUGACUCAAGGCCAAAUACUCAAGACACAGAGGCAUGUUUCUGCCCAAUGGCUUCAUCUAAAACUUUAGCAUUAGUUUGCCCAAUUUUUCCUUUAGUUUCUCUUAAAUCAGUUCACUCUCCAUGUAAGUACUCAUCAGACCAUAAACUUAAAAGUUCAGAGUCAGAGUCUAAAAGAAUUAGAUCUCGAACUAUGUCCCUCCAAUCAAAAUCAUUUCAGUUUCCUAAUGAAACAGAUCUCAACUGCAGAGUCAAUCCAAGGAACCUGGCCUGCCAGUCUGAUGGCCAACUUUGUUUUAGUCAUACCGCACCAGAAAUACUUAUACCGGGGUCGACAUUUGGUUUUGCAAGGCAGGCAUUUAACACUCAACAAGUCAUUUAUCUAGCUGAUCAAAAAAGAAAGUUCAAGGCAGGUAUGUACUAAAUCUAUUGGCUCUUAGACCACUAAAGUUACACGGCUGCUUAUUUUGUUUUCAGACAAGAAGAAAUUAGUCAUCACUAGCCACAGGUACAAGCAGAUUACCAAAUCACACUCGAUUUUUAGCAGUGACACUUCUGCAUGUUAAACUGUCUUAAGAUAGUAAGUUUCCCUUAAGUAUUUUGUCAACUAUGUGCCAGGGCACUGUGCUAUGUAAACCAAAAUGGGUUCCACAUCAAAUCAAGGCCCUUAUAACCAAGACACCAUGCUUUAAAAGCAGAGGAGCUGGGGAACUGCUGCCUUCAUUUCUUUACAAAUUAAGCCAUAUUCUUUUUUAAGUCUUCAAAACCCUAGAUAAGUAAAUCAUUAAAUGCAGUCUUCGAAGGGCUAAAUCAUACUUCUAAAGAUAUAAAUUCUAGCAAAACGACAACAACGCAAAAGUAAACCUUAAAAUGUUAAGAAUGGCCUUCAAAGACGAUUAAGCCCCAUGCCUGCCAUGUUACCAAAGUUUAGGACCUUCCUGUUAAAAGAUUUCAGGACCUCUAAAUUCAACAGAAUGGCCAACGCUAGAAUCCACUCUCUAAGAGUACCGCAGAGACCAAAACUUAAAAGGAAUAUAAAUUGUUCAUAAGUAACAAACAUGCUUUGCAGACUUAGAUUUUUUCUGGACCAAAGUUUCAUAAGCUAAAAUCCAACUACUGAAAUAUGCAUCCAUUCAAACCUAAAAGAAACGUCUUACAUCACAACCAACUAGUCUUAAGGAGCACUUCUACCUUUCCAUACAACACAAACAAGCAUUUCUACUCCAGUAGACUGCUCAAUUCCCACUGGUGAUAAACAGGUAUUAGCGAUUUACAAGUAUCGACCUGGUUCUCAGGUCCACUCCAAUUCUGGACUUAAGGCUAAAACUUAUGCUAACACGGGAAACAGAAAUACAAAGGUGUAGGCCAAGAGAUGUCAAGCAGAGGCUUGCAGAAGGACCCAAGCAGUAGUUCUCCACCCUUCUCCGAGCAUCUCCAGGAUAGUCCUACCUAAACAUUUUAUGUAAACAUGGGACUUAGGACUCAAGCCUCCAGCCCCAAUAGGUGGAGAGAAGUUUCCUCGCCUCGGCUGCACAUGGUUUGCAGAAGUUUGGCUGGAGCAGACAGCGGAGCCUGGGUGGGAGCGGCAGUGUACUUAGUGCUGCAGGCGGCGGCGGCGGCGGCGGCGGCGGCGGCGGCAGAGCAGCAGGAGGCGGAGGCGGGCGGGGGGAGGGGAGGCGGCUGGGGGGGCGGAGGGGGCUCUUGCCGCCACAGCUCUCUCGCCGCCUCUCCCCCCGGCGGGAGCCGCUCUCAGCCUCUUUGCACUAGUCGCUCCGCUCUCUCGGUCAUGUGACCUUAACGUAACCGGACAGGAAAAGCCCCGCCGCCGCCGCCGCCGCCGCGCCGGAGACACCGACCGCGGCGGCAGCAGCAGCAGCAGCAGCAGCAGCGAGAGGCAGAGGCGGCGGCGGCGGGGAGAGCACAGCCAAGGCUACCCAGCGGUGCCUCCUCCACACCCCCCGCCGCAGCAGCACCGACGACAGUGAGUGUGUCCGUUUGAAACCCACUGACAUCCAGCCAGACAUCUUCAGCUAUCUGCUGCAUCUGAUGUACACGGGAAAGAUGGCGCCGCAGCUAAUCGAUCCCGUUCGAUUAGAGCAGGGGAUCAAGUUUCUGCAUGCUUACCCGCUGAUCCAGGAGGCCAGCCUGGCCAGCCAAGGAGCCUUUUCUCAUCCCGACCAAGUUUUCCCGCUGGCUUCCUCCUUGUAUGGCAUUCAGAUUGCAGAUCAUCAGUUAAGACAAGCCACCAAGAUUGCUUCGGCACCUGACAAACUUGGCCGCGAGGCCCGGCCGCAACCCCCCAGGAUGAGCCAGGAACAGGUGCCUGAGGCCUCGCAGCUCUCCCAGCUGCCUGCAAACCUGACCCAGGUGAAUCGGACUCACAUGACCCCCUCGGACCCGCUGCAGACCUCGCUGUCGCCCGACCUCGUCUCCACGCCCGUCCCCCCGCCUCCCCCCGGGGAGGAGACCAACCUGGAAGCCUCCUCCUCUGACGAACAGCCCGCAUCCCUGACCAUAGCCCACGUGAAGCCGAGCAUCAUGAAGAGGAACGGGAGCUUCCCCAAGUACUACGCCUGCCACCUGUGCGGGCGGCGCUUCACGCUCCGGAGCAGCUUGCGGGAGCACCUCCAGAUUCACACGGGGGUGCCCUUCCCAGCCAGCCAGCCCGGCGAGAGCCGCGUGCCCCUGUCGCUCUGCAGCACCACGGCGGACCUGGGCAAAGACGCCAUGGAAGUGCCUGAAGCGGGGAUGAUCAGCGACAGCGAGCUGCAGCACAUCUCGGAUUCGCCCAUCAUCGACGGGCAGCCGCACUCGGAGACGCCGCCGCCCUCGGACAUCGCGGACAUUGACAACCUGGAGCAGGCGGACCAGGAGCGGGAGGUCAAGCGGCGCAAAUACGAGUGCACCAUCUGCGGCCGCAAGUUUAUCCAGAAGAGCCACUGGAGGGAGCACAUGUACAUACACACCGGGAAGCCUUUCAAAUGCAGCACUUGUGACAAGAGCUUCUGCAGGGCCAACCAGGCGGCCCGGCACGUGUGCCUCAACCAGAGCAUAGACACGUACACCAUGGUGGACAAGCAGACUCUGGAGCUGUGCACCUUCGAGGAAGGGAGCCAGAUGGACAACCUGUUGGUGCAGACGAACAAACCCUACAAAUGCAACCUGUGUGACAAAACGUUCUCGACUCCCAAUGAGGUGGUUAAACAUUCGUGCCAAAACCAGAACUCGGACGUCUUCGCCCUGGACGAGGGGCGGUCCAUUCUCCUGGGCAGUGGGGACUCGGAAGUGACGGAACCCGACCACCCGGUGUUAGCUUCCAUCAAAAAGGAACAGGAAACCGUGUUGUUAGACUGAAUGUUCCUUAUCUUUUUAAAAAACCUUGUCAUUUUAACACAGACUAUCUUCCUUCCCUUCCCCCAAUCCAGAACUGUAGCUCUCCACGUGGCAUGAGCCGAACGCGUCCCUGGCCCCUCCCCCCCCUCCCCCGCGCCGUCCCCAGCCCCCUCCUCCGGAAAGGCUUUGUGCAUCAUAAACCUGGAACAUAUUCACUUUAAUUCAGGGGAUAUUGGAAAGAUAAUGGUCAGUAGUACUUAUAAACUCAGAUUUUGAGAGGUUUUCGAUUAUUUAAAAGCAUCCUUGGAACUAAUGAAGGGUAUUUAACCAAACAAAACCACGCGAAUGCAAUUUGGUAACCAAGCUAAAAUUAUGACUUUCCCUGGGUAAUAAGUCUUCCUUCUCAGAAAGAUAGUGUCUGGAAACACAGCAUGCUUCUUAGAAAUACAGCGGGGCUCGGGACUAUGCACAAUCUCCAGGUGUGGGGAAACUUGAAACCCAAGAACAUGUUCUUAGUAUUUAUCCUCCAGGUAUCUUAUUUCAGAAUGCAUCCUUUCAGAUUAUGUCCAGUCAAGAAAAAUCAUUAGUUAAGAAAUCUACUUGAACAAAACACAGAAGAGGAAAAAGUAAUAAUGUGAUGGCAAUCUGAAUUUUUGGAUACAACAUGACAAGCUGUGAGUUUGUGUGUUUGGAAGAGAAAAUGUGUGGAUACCGGCUGUAAACAGGUGAAUGAAUGCACAUGCCUUAUCUGAUUGCUGGCUUUUUUCGAAGUUGAACAACAACAAAACACUGUGUUUUCGUUUCUGAUAAAUUUGUUGGUUGUUUUAAAAAAUCAGAUUUGGAAGUACUGUUCUGUAGGUUGUCUUUCUGAAUAGAAAACGACAUGCCAUUCUAGCAGUUGCCAGUGGUAAAUUUGUUUAGCACCAGUUAGCUGCUUUUAAAUCAGUGUGUGUGCGCAGGACAAAGGAUGCAGGAAAUGCAUCUUACAGGGGAAGCUAUGAGCCGAUAGAGUAACUUUAAUGACUUUAAACGUCAAUGCUAAUAGUUCACUGGCAACAUUCAUGGAGGCAUUAGAAAUGGCCAAGAGAAAUCAGGACAAAAACCUUAAUUGCUCUUUGGGAAAACUCUGAAUUUUGAUGUUACAGUAUCCAAAUUUUUUCCCGACACCUGAAAUUUCCUCCAUUGGCCUGAAAGCAUAAACGUUGUCCAUUAAUCUUCCCUUAGGCCAAUAACAGAAUGGUCUCACAAGACAAAAUAGGAGCCAAAAAUAAGGACCGAAGGGGAAAGGGAAGAGCAGUUAAUAACUGUGCUGUACGUGUAUGUUAAAAACUGAAUAUCCCGUCAUCCUGUUUCAUGUAUAGUUGAGUUCUCAGAUUUGUAAGUUUUUAUACAUACUUUCAUUGAAUAAACCUUUGAUUAAAUGGGUAUAUGAUUUUAUCUGCAUCUUCCUUUGUCCACCCAAAAAGAUGCAGGAAGGACAAAUAGCGUUCCUGCUGUGUCUCCUUUCUCUCUUGAACUUUGGGCAACUCCCCUAACCUGAGUGGCACUUUGUAUAAUUGUAAAAUGAAGACAGUAACUGCACUGCUCAUAAGUUUGGGAGAAUCAGGAGUUCCCAUCGUGGCUCAGCGGAAACGAAUCUGACUAGGAUCCAUGGGGACACAGGUUCGAUCCCUGGCUUCAAUCAGUGCAUUAGGGAUCCGGCGUUGCUGUGAGCUGUGAUGUAGGUCACAGACAGACAGACGCAGCUCCAAUCUGGCGUGGCUGUGGUGUAGGCUGGCAGCUAUAGCUCCAAUUCCACACCUAGCCUGGGAACCUCCAUGUGUGCGGUACGGCCCUAAAGAGACAAAAAAAUAAUAAUAAUAAUAUUGUGAGAAUCAAAUGAGUAAAUAAACAAUAUAAGAAGAUACGAUAGGAGUUCCCGUUUUGGCUCAGCAAUAACAAACCUGCCUAGUAUCCAAGAAGACAUGGUUUCAACCUCUGGCCUUGCUCAGUAGGUUGAGGAUACGGCAUUGCCCUGAGCUGUGGUGUAGGUCACAGACAUGGCUUGGAUCCCGUGUGGCUGUGUGUAGGCCGGCAGCUGCAGCUCUGAUUCAACCCCUAGCCUGUAAACUUCCAUGUACCAUGGGUGUGGCCCGAAGAAAAAAAAAGAAGAUGCUCUAGAGAGUUGAAACUUGAUUGGAGAUGGUCUUACCCAACUGUCUUUUACAAAGAAG